AGCCGCAGCCAUCGUUGAUGCACUCUCCCCGGGCCUUUGGAAUGAUGUCGAAUGCAGUGGCGCUGCUCAUGGCUUCGGUGAUGCCGCUCCUCGUCCCAUGCGCUGAGCUGCGCGGCUGGCUUUAGCAUUUGCUGAGGUCGCUGCUGCGCGGCGACGCACGCUGGAGCGAGGAUGACUACCAUCGAAGUGAACAACCUCAGUGGACCCCUGUGCACCAUCAGUGUUGACCCCAAAGGUACAAUUGCGGACCUGAAAGUGGCCUUGGCCAAGGUGCUGGGCAUCCCUAAGCGCCAGCAGCGCCUCAUCUCUGGUAUGUCGGCGCUGAGCGAUUCACAAAGCGUCAGUGACGUGGUGGACCACACCGUCACCUUCAUGCGCAUCACGUAUUCGGCAUUGGCCAGGUCUUGGAUGGGACAGGUGCGCCGUCGCAGCGCACUACUCGCAUCGGCUCCCUUGGAGAUUCGACAGGACCAUGAAGUGGUCCUGACAGCAAUGCAAGGGGACAAGGAGGCCAUCCGCUGGGCGGCCGACGAGCUCCUCAACGACCGGGACUUUGCGCAGGCGGUGGCCUCGCGCUAUGGCCAGGCCUUGCGCCACCUCCCUUCAUGGCAAGGAGAUCCAGCGGUCGUGCUGGCUGCAGUGCGUCAAAACGCCAGCGCCAUUUGCUUGGCUUCACCUGGCCUGGUGGAGCAGUUCGACUUCCUGGCGGAGGCCAUCAAGUGCAGCAAGGGUCAUGCCUUGCGGCACCUGGGGCGGAACUUCCAAGAGGAUCCGCGCUUGCAGAAGGCGGCUGUUGCAUCCAACUGGCUAAUGUUGGAUGUACUUGCGCAGGACAUGCCCAGCCUACGUGAUGACCGAGAGGUUGUUUUUGCCGCUGUCUCCUGCCACGGCUGUGCUUUGGAGUUCGCCUCCAAGACCUUGCGUCAGGACCCCUCCCUGGUGCUUUUGGCGCUGCAGCGCAGCAAUGGCGCCGCACUCCGCUGGGCGGACGAGCACUUGCGCGGUGAGAGGGAGCUGGUUUGGACUGCAGUCCAGGCGGACGCGAGCAACUUGCAAUAUGCAUCUGAGGACCUCCGCAGAGAUGUGGAUCUGGUGAUGGAGGCAGUCAGGAGCAAUGGCAACGUCCUGAAAUACGCCGCCUUGGACCUGCAGCGUGAUGCCUCUGUCCGGCGGGUGGCCGUGCAACAGGCCGGUGGCCAUGUCUUGCAGUCGCUCUGCUGUGGCCCCACCAGCGCACAGAGACGCAUGCGAAGGCGUGCUUGGCUUGGCCCACGCCGGAGCACAUGCGACAUCUUCUGCCAGCAAGAGCAGCUACGCCGGCCCACGUGGCAGACGGUUGAGUCGCCACCCAUUCCUGUGCUGGCAAGGAGAGCUCCUGGAUGCCUCGGACCUGGACGCGAUUGAUAUUUUUGCCGAGCCCUGCUGAAGCUGAUCGUCAAGAAUUGAACUCAAAAACCUGGAGAUGUUCAAAGGAAAAGCCUCGGAGCAGCCCGCAUUUGGCGGCGGUCCGCUCACGAGAUACACGUUGUUCCUCAAUUCAUAGGAAUUCAAGAGCGGAUUU